UCUUCAAGAAGACAACAAGAAGAGAGAGAGAGAAACCACCACCCAUGGCUUCGUCGGUGGCGAGCUUCGUGGCGAUCGCGCUCCUCGCGGCGGCGCUGCCGGCGUCGACGACAGCGCAGAGCCAGACCCCAUCAUGCGUAUCCAACCUCAUUCCCUGCGCGCCAUACCUCAACAGCACCACCACACCACCGGCGAAGUGCUGCGAACCUCUAAAGGAAGCGGUGAAGAACGAACUCCCUUGCCUUUGCUCCCUCUUCACCAACCAAGAUCUCCUUAAGAGCUUCAACAUUGACAUCAAUCAAGCCCUUCAGAUCCCUAAGCACUGCAACAUCACACAGGAUCAGAGCAUCUGCAAGACCUCCGCGUCUCCUGGCAAGGCUGCUGCUCCUGCUUCUACCAAUGCUACUUCAGGUCCUCCUGCAAACAAGAACACAAAGAAUGACAACAAGGCUUCGCAAGGGUUGCCUUCAAUAGGUUUCACAGCUGUGAUGAGUUUACUCUUGCUCUGGUUAUCCUUCAAUGCAUAGUUGAGACGGUUGAACCGUUGGCAAGUAAUGGGUAUUAGUCCUGUACUUGUUUCUUCUUAGUGUGUGGUUGUGUUCUAUGUUUAAUGACAUUUUUACAAAUGAGCAGUAGUACCUUAUCCUUUGUCCCAGAUUUAUAUAAUGCAUCAGAGUUUCUUUGGUAUUUUA